AUGGCUCCUCCCGCAGCCUCGUCUGAGGGUAUUACUGCCCAAUCAGACCUUGGCGACACUGACGACAGCUCAUUAUCAUUCUUAGCCCCCUCAACUGACAUGGUCCGACUGAAGCCAAGACGGGACAUGUUUCUCUCCAGCCGCGCGACCCUAGAGCCCCGUUCGACAGCGUUAUCUGGAGGAGGAAUCGCUGGCGUUGUUGUUGGUGUCAUUGUUGCCAUCUUUCUCGCUCUUAUUUGCGCCUACCCGUUCGUCGUCCGUCGGAGAAGAGCUAGGAAGCAUGGAUCGCCCCAACGUCUGGACACGGAGACGGCCUUCGUCCCCGGACCUAUGGGUCCUCUAGGACAGGCGCCGGCGCCCGGACCCGGAGUCAACAGCCGUCUGUCAUCGAAAGACUCGUUGGGUCAUAAAACAGACACCUUACGGGGUACGGAAAGACAGUCUACCAAGGACAUGACCCUAUCAUCUCACAACGGCGUCGACCGCCCUCCAAGCGAUGAGCUGGCCAACCAUCACCAGCGCGGCUUCACCGGCGAUAGCACCCAACUGAGUGUGACGACGAGACGCGGCACUACCGAGUAUUCUUUUGGACGCGCCCCUACAUGGAAGAGUGAGGGAUCUUACCCAUGGACGCCUGCUGGUGUUGAGCUGGUUGCCACUCGCGCUGAUGGAAUGGAUUACGCCGAUGCCAACCAUGGGCAUAGCGCAACCUACUACAGCCCAACCAUUCCUUCCGAGGCCUUUGGAAUGGUCACGCCUCCUCCAACCGAUGAACCACAAACGCGAGCACCGCCUCCUAGGCGCUCAAGCUCGCGGGGGAGCUCACUGAAGCUCAACCUGGCGAAUAUGAUGCGCCGCAUGGGUAGUAAGGAUUCCGGCUCCACCCGAACGAAAGGUCAUCCAGCACAACCUUCGCAGCCUGUUCUCAGCGAAACGCUCUCAGAUUCUCCCACUGAACUCUCUGGGCCGUCAUUCCGCGAGACAGGUCCCGGGGCCGUAUCAGCUCGGCAGUUAGCCUCGCCCAUCCACCUUCCUGUUAGUCCCAUGUCGGAGCCAGGGGAGCCGGAUCACGCCCAAGAACUGGAAGCAAAGAGAGCAGCCAAACAUACCGAAUCGCCUCCCAUUUUGCCCCCCGUUGUACCUGCGCCGGGAACUGUGAACCCAAUGGACAUCAUGGCCCCGUCAAACCCAACAGAGCAUCACUGGCAUACAAACCAACAGCUGUAUCAGAUGGCCAACUCACCGCCUAGACCAGCCCCAGCGUUGCCAAGCCCGCUCCGGAGCCGCCGCAACCGUCGCAAGCUCCUACGCCCCAGUCUCCCCCAGAGCAAGGAUUCGAGCAGCAACAACAGCAUCAUCCUUUCCAGCAGCAGCACCAGCAGGACUCGAAUGAAGUACCAAAGUUGUACGAGAACGGGCACGCUCAAGCGAACAGAUGGAACGACGCAAACGGCAACAACGUGA